AUGUCUCUCCGCAAAAAGGCCUGUUCCUCAUGCGUGGCUGCGAAGCGAAAAUGCGACUCUGCUUUCCCAGCUUGCUACCGCUGUGCCAAGCGUUCGUUGACUUGUCAUUAUCCGUAUUCACCUCCGAGAAUCUUCCGAGAGGAUCAGCAAAAUGACCUAGGAAAGGAAGAUAUGCUGAGGCCGAGCUUGGUGGCACUGCGCGAUCUUCAAACUGAGUCUGCGAAUGGGAAUCCCCUGAUAGGACUCCGUUACACCGAAAAGAGCUUGUUUGAGAGCCAAGCCAACUCGAUUUUUUCUGAUACCCUGAUCAGCUCGGAUGAGAGCGCUGCCGAUGAGCUUUCUAUUCCGUCCAACACAGAAACACUCAACGGGUCUGGAUAUGAUUACGGCUGUAACGGCACCCAGUGGCCCGUUUCGUUCGACCGAAGGAUCCUAGAGUUCUAUCCCCGGGUCGAUGACAAGAAAACGUGGGCGUUUGGCGUGAAGACACUGCUCAAUCAAGUUGAUAUUUUCCUUCGCACUGGGUCAGCCUUCUUCAUUCACCCGCAGGCACAGACGGAGCAUAAUCUUCUACCUCCCUUGCGAGCCGCUUAUGGUGUCUGCUCAUCUUACAGGGUACGGAUGGAGUCAGAAUUCCCGUUUUUCCAGCAGCUUCUCGAGAACGAGAUAGAGAAUAUGCUCGCACUAAGAUCUCCAGACAUACUCCAGGAGCAAGUGGCAGAACUCUGCGCGAUGGUCUUAUACUAUGUUCUAAUCUACUUUGGCGGAACAAGCCAGCGAGGGAAGCUGGCGGACAAGUCGGAAACAUUUCUAGCGCAACAUACAGCCCGUGUCGAGAGCCUGGAAAUUGCGACUCGUCAAUCAACGGCAGUCCUUAUUGAAGCUGGACUAUUAUCUAAUGAAGAGGGGCUAAACCUGUGGCAUCUAUGUGAAAGUGCCCGUAAGGUCGUGAUGGUAUCUUAUCUCGCGCGGGAAAUACGCCACGUCCUCCGGUUCAAGACUUGCUAUCUUCUUCGAUACAUAAUUGCGUUGCCGGUUUCAAAGAAGCUAAUAUUUCCAUCUGGGGACAAACAUGGCACUGGGGAUGCUACGUCUGCACAAUGGCAGGAUAUUGUUUCAUAUGACCGGUUCGUCCGAGACUGGGAGGCUGGUGAGCUGGGCGUGGCCGAUGAGUUUACGUACUUUCUGAUUUCGAUGUGCAAAGGUACAGACGCACUCGAACUCAAUUUUACGACUUCAUUCUCUCCAAUUUUCUCUUGA